AGACAAGCAACACUGCCAAGAAAAACCUGAAGGCAAGUGAGAAAACCAGUUGUGAUCUGCCCAGUAAGCAGGUGGCAGUGCAGCAGCCACCCUGCCUUCUGUGUCUCCUGGAGUCUUGAGGAUGGAAGGGGGAAAACACAAUCCGGGAUCAGUUUCCUGAAGCUCCACACCAUCACGCUGUUCUGUGGGAGCAGUCCAGAAACCAGGGGCAGCCACCAUGGAGCAAGGGCUGGAGGUGGCCCUCACAGACCUCCAGAGCGCCUGGAACAACGUGCAGCACCACACAGAGGAGAUCAGCUCUGAACGACUCCUUGUUCGCCGGGGCCAGGCCUUUAACAUCACUCUCUACUUCAGGAACCGGGGCUUCCAGCCAGGCCUGGACAAUGUCAUCUUCAUGGCUGAAACUGGACCCCUACCAGACCUGUCCAACGGGACUCGAGCCCUGUUCAGCCUGACAGGUCGCCAUGGCCCCAGCCCGUGGAUUGCCUUGCUGGAGACCAACGGGGCCAGCUCCCUGGAGGUGAGCCUGUGCGCUCCUCCCACGGCAGCUGUGGGUCGGUAUCUCUUGAAAGUUCACAUUGACUCUUUCCAGAGGUCCGUCACAGCCUACCAGCUUGGGGAGUUCAUCUUACUCUUCAAUCCCUGGUGCCCAGAGGAUUCUGUCUACUUGGACAGUGAACCCCAGAGGCAGGAAUAUGUAGUGAAUGAUUACGGCUUCAUUUACCAAGGGAACAAGAACUGGAUCCGCCCAUGCCCUUGGAACUACGGACAAUUUGAAGAGAAUAUCAUAGACAUCUGCCUGGAGCUGCUAGACAAGAGCCUGAACUUCCAGACUGACCCAGCCACAGACUGUGCCCUGCGGGGAAGCCCUGUCUACAUCAGCAGAGUGGUGUGUGCCAUGAUCAACAGCAAUGAUGACAAUGGGGUGCUCAAUGGAAACUGGAGUGAGAAUUACUUAGAUGGUAUCAACCCUGCAGAAUGGACCGGCAGCGUGGCCAUCCUGAAACAAUGGCAUGCCACAGGCUGCCAACCAGUGCGCUACGGGCAGUGCUGGGUCUUUGCUGCCAUCAUGUGCACAGUGAUGAGGUGCCUGGGGAUCCCCACCCGUGUGAUCACCAAUUUUGACUCUGGCCACGACACAGACGGAAACCUGAUCAUAGAUGAGUAUUAUGACAGCACAGGCAGGAUCUUGGAGAAUAAGAAGAAGGACACUGUCUGGAAUUUUCACGUGUGGAAUGAGUGCUGGAUGGCUCGAAAGGACCUCCCUCCUGGAUAUGGAGGCUGGCAGGUGCUGGAUGCCACACCUCAGGAGACAAGCAAUGGCCUCUACUGCUGUGGCCCUGCCUCUGUCAGAGCCAUCAAAGAAGGAGAGGUGGAUCUGAACUAUGACACAGCCUUUGCCUUUUCCAUGGUGAAUGCAGACUGCAUGUCCUGGCUUGUCUAUGGAGGGAAGGAGCAGAAAAUUCACCGGGAAACGAAUACUGUUGGCAAUUUUAUCAGCACCAAGAGCAUUCAAAGCAAUGAGCGAGAUGACAUCACGGAGAACUACAAAUACAUAGAAGGUUCCCCCCAGGAGAGGCAGGUGUUCCUGAAGGCUCUUCAGAAGCUGAGGGCUGGAAGGUCUGAAGACCCCCAUCAUGCAUCCACAUCCAUGCCACUGAGCGAGGACAGCCUUCGGAGGCUACAUAUGCCUUCCCUUCAGCCCAGUGAUGUUGUCCAGGUCUCCUUGAAAUUCCAGCUGCUUGCCCCACCCCACAUGGGCCAGGACAUAAGCUUUGUCCUGCUGGCCCUUAACAUGUCAUUCCAGUUCAAGGACCUCAAAGUGAACCUGAGUGCCCAGUCCCUGCUGCAUGAUGGUAGCCCGCUACUCGCUUUCUGGCAGGACACAGCCUUCAUCACACUCUCUCCUGAAGAAGCAAAGACCCAUUCCUGUAGAAUUCCCUAUUCCCAGUAUAGCCAGUACCUGUCAACAGACAAGCUGAUUCGCAUCAGUGCCCUGGGCGAAGAGAAGAGCAGUCCAGAAAAGAUCCUGGUGGACAAGAUCAUCACCUUAGCCUAUCCAGGCAUCAUAAUUAAUGUUUUAGGAGCUGCCAUUGUGAACCAGCCACUCUCCAUCCAGGUGCUAUUUUCAAACCCCCUCUCAGAGUACGUUGAAGACUGUGUACUAACUGUGGAAGGAAGUGGGCUCUUCAAGAAACAGCAGAGAGUCCUCAUUGGAAUCCUCAAACCUCAACACAGGGCCAGCAUCACUCUGGAGACUGUCCCCUUCAAGAGUGGCCAAAGGCAGAUCCAAGCAAAUCUGAGGAGCAACAAGUUUAAGGACAUCAAGGGUUACAGGAAUGUCUAUGUAGACUUGAGGUUAUAAAUUCUGGAACAAUGAGCUGGAUGCAUGGAUUUUAAGCUUCAAGAGAAGGAGCACAUUCAAAUGUAAGCUGUGACACUCCCCACCAUGACAGAGGCUUUGCAGGGCUCCAAAGUAAGCAGCACAGGAGAUGUCAGCGAUGGAUAAUCCCCUGGGCCAUUUGCACAGCUCCCCACGACUCUGAUCAGAGCCCAGAAACUCUGUGGUGUCCAAUCCAGAAGUGUGAGAUAGCACAGAGGUCUGAGGACUCUGGUUGGGCUUGGCCAUGACUUACUGCUCCCCCCUUAAACUGGCUGAGUAGCUCGCUGUCAUUUUGUCACUGCAGUGGCUAGUGCCCUAGUCCCAAUAAACUUCAAUCCUUGUUCUCACCUCCUUCA